AUGCCGAUUGAUAAAAACGUUCAAGAUUCUAUGGAAAAGGGAGCCGCUGCAAAUCAUGUCACCCACCUCUACCCACCUGCUAGUUUCGACCCGGUAACUUUGCAGCCGGUCAAGCCUAAUGGUAUGACGCAGGAGGAUUUCGAAAGUACAUUGCCUGAUGAUAAGACGGAACGAUACUUGGUCUAUAUUCGGGGACUGAAAGAUAGAAAGUCUCCGACAGAGUUCACGUCCCAUGUCAUUGACCUACGGCCUGAUGGGUAUCCUCGCCUGGCAGAGGCUGUUGCCUGUAAAGAGGAGUUCAUGAUGUAUCGAAGAUUUGGUCACUUACAAGCACGACUCCUCCUUGAUAAGCAGGAUGAAUUACGAGCGCUUGAAUCCCAAUUAGCUCAUAUGGAUCAAUGGUUUGAGAAGAAUUUCCCUGAGCGGAACUACUCUCGAGAAAGGAUCCACAUCGAAAGUGGCGAAUACAAGGAACUUCUAGGUACGAUUGAAAAACGCAUGAAAGAGUAUGCUCAAUUGUUGACUUUCGCACAAACAUUCGCGAAUUUCGAUCGACCGAUGGCAAGCGAUCGCCUACAAAUCAAGAACUACUUGGAUUAUAAGGUAAAAUUAUGUGCAAGAGAUCAGGACUAUAUUACCAAAACAGAUGAUCUCAUCACUCUUAAACCUAGUCGAGAGAAUACUUGGUUGGAUACGAAAAUCGAGCAAAUACCACAGUUAUUGCCUUGCAAGCUUACUAGAGAACUUCAACAAAAAACAGAUUCGAAAGAUUCAAAUAUCAUUCUCUCAAGUCCCGAGCGCGUCAAUGUGGUGGUUACAUUGAUAAUACUGGCCGCCGUCUUGAUUCUGUUGAUCGUGCCAGUUUUUCUGCUGUGGUUUAUAAGUAAUCUCAAGACUUCAAGACCACUCAUCGGGGUUCUCAUAGCGUUGCUCCUGGUUUUCACGCUGAUAUUUUCGGGUGUAUUGUCGGCUUUCACUCGAGCGAAACGACAUGAAAUCAUUGCCGCUGCCGCUGCUUACUGUGCGGUACUUGUGGUGUUCGUCGGAAAUGUUGGAAGCCUGCCUCCACCAGCAGGAGGAUAA